AGGAGGAAGGAGGAGGGGGGAGGAGGAGGGAGGAGGAGGAGGAGGAGGAUGUAUCACAACAGCAGCCAGAAGCGCCACUGGACGUUCUCUAGCGAGGAGCAGCCGGCAAGACUCCGGGCCGACGCCAACCGAAAAUUCAAGUGCAAAGUGGUCGCCAACGGGAAGGUUCUGCCUAAUGAUCCAAUCUUCCUUGAUCCCCAAGAAGAACUUACAAUCUGCAAAUACUAUGAAAAGAGACUGUUGGAUUUCUGUUCAGUAUUUAAGCCGGCCAUGCCAAAGUCUGUUGUGGGUACUGCCUGCAUGUACUUCAAGCGUUUCUACCUCAAUAACUCUGUGAUGGAAUAUCACCCUCGGAUAAUAAUGUUAACAUGUGCAUUUUUGGCAUGUAAAGUAGAUGAGUUCAAUGUAUCCAGCAUUCAGUUUGUUGGAAAUGUUCGGGAUAGUCCUUUUGGACAAGAGAAGGCCCUUGAACAAAUUUUGGAAUAUGAACUUCUACUUAUUCAACAAUUGAAUUUCCAUCUUAUUGUACACAACCCUUUUAGACCAUUCGAAGGCUUCCUGAUAGAUUUAAAGACCCGCUAUCCACUUUUGGAAAACCCUGAGAUCUUGAGGAAAGCAGCUGAUGAUUUUCUUAAUAGAGUUGCCUUGACAGAUGCUUACCUUCUAUUUACACCUUCACAGAUUGCUCUCACAGCCGUAUUAUCUAGUGCCUCCAGGGCUGGAAUUACAAUGGAAAGUUAUUUGUCAGAAAGCCUCAUGCUCAAGGAAAAUAGAACAUGUAUGUCACAGUUACUGGAUGUAGUGAAAUGCAUGAAAAACCUAGUGAAGAAAUACGAGUCUCCCAAACCAGAAGAAGUUGCUGUUCUAAAACAGAAGUUAGAGAGGUGUCAUAGCUCGGAACUUGCUACUAAUGUGAAUGUGAAGAAAAGAAAAGGCUAUGAAGAUGAUGAGUAUGUCUCAAAGAAACCAAAACUGGAGGAGGAAGAAUGGACAGAUGACGAUCUGGUGGAUUCUCUGUAAUCGCUGGUGGAUAAAAUCUCCUGGCACGGCCCCGACCUUGUUACAGACAUCUCUUAGCGAUCCAGUCCGCUAGGCGGAUGUGAAUGGCUCUUUGGCUCUGCUGAAAGUUUACAUGGGAUGAUUUUAUUAAAUUUUUUUUCCAUUAAAUCGA